AUGCCAUAUAAACUGUUUAAAAAGCUAGGCCUAGGUGAACCCAUUGAUACUAGGAUGAGCAUUCAACUUGCUGAUAGAUCCAUUGUGCAUCCUAGGGGCAUUGUAGAGGACUUGAUAGUCGCAGUAGGGCCAUUCUCUUAUCCUGUUGAUUUUGUGAUUUUGGACAUAAAUGAGGAUGUGGAUGUGCCAUUGAUAUUGGGUAGACCUUUUCUCGCCACCGCAAAGGCGCUCAUUGAUUUGAAUGAUGGAAAAUUGAUUUUGCGAGCUGGGGGUGAACAAAUCACUUUCUCUAUUUCUGAUAAUAUGAAACACCCCCAGCUCCAUGAUGAUCUAGAUUACUAUGAUGUUGUUGCUGAUUUUGAGACCGCACUCGCCAUCACGAGUGCGGGUACUGAUGAUUUCCUUGAGCGUUGUCUUUUGCUAGGGGAACAGGCAUCACAGGACGUGCAGCUGGAGGAGCAGCCCGCAGAGCUAGACGAGGCCGCGAUCGAGGGGCGAGAGAUACCAUUCCAGCCGAUCCCUAUCUCGCCCCGGAUCGCUACAUCAUUGGAGGAGCCACCAGAGCUGGACCUUAAGCCCCUCCCCUCUCACCUGAAGUAUGCAUUUCUCCGGGAGGGGAAUAAGCUCCCGGUCAUUAUCAGCUCGGAUCUGACACCCGAGCAGAAGAGCAGGCUGGUGGCUCUGCUACAGAAAUAUGCUCGGGCCAUGGCAUGGAAGAUCACAGACAUCAGAGGCAUUAGCUCAUCCUUCUGCUCCCACAGAAUUCUAAUGGAGGAUGAGGUUAAGCUAGUCAGGUAG